AUGGCACACCCACUGAAGCUCACAAUCUGUUCCAGCCUCUCUGCGGGCGCAAAGUCCAAGGUCAAAUCCUCGGUGCAGCGGGGCAUCAGGGCCAAAGUCCUCGAGACAUAUCCCAACCUCGAGCCGUACAUUGACGAGAUCCUACCUAAGAAAAGCCAGAUGGACUUGGUGAAACUCCCCGACCGCGUCUCGCUCUAUGUGCUCGAUAACCGACCCUUAUUCUACCAACACAUGGAUGACCCGAUCAUCCCUCACCUAAAAAUCGUCCACCAGUACCCUCAUGCUUUCAAGACGCUGCGUAUCGACCGCGGUGCCAUACGCUUCGUCCUGUCCGGCGCCGCGCUCAUGGUUCCCGGCCUCACCUCCGCCGGCGGCCGGUUGCCGGACAAAGAAGAGGAGGCGAGGCCGGGCGACAUUGUCGCCAUAGAGGCGGAAGGAAAGGAGGAGAUCUGCAUGAUUGGGCCGCUCGAGGUCGGCACCGAGGAGAUGAAGGAGAAGAAAAAGGGCGUCGCCAUUGGCACCGGACAUUACCUUGGCGAUGGGCUGUGGAAGCUGGAUCUCAACUGA